CAGUUAAAAGUUGAAAGUAUUUAACACAUUAUACAUCGGCAUUUUUCAAUGCUCAAGCUCAGUUCAGUGUGUACUAGGAACAUCGGAAUUAUUACCAAUUAUUGUGUUUUUGCUAUUGCUAUUACCUAUAUUAACUUUUUUUGCAAGUAAUAAGUACUGUAUUUGUCUAAAAAGUUACUGUUGGUUCCAACAUGAAAAAGAUUGGGAACGAGAAUAGUGAGAAUGAAGAAGGGAAGGGUCAUGAAAACUGGAGAAUACGUGAUGGUGACCCAGUUCCUAAUUUCUCAGGGAAUCAAAACUGGAGGGAACGUAAUCGUGGUUCUGAUCCGAGACCUGAACGUGGUUCUGAUCCGAGACCUGAACGUGGUCGUGGUCGUGGUUGGGGUCAUGGUCAUUAUCGUGUCCUUGGUAAUGACCGUACCGGUGGUAAUGAUCGUGGCUUUGUCCCAAGGAAGAGAGAAAAUAAUGAAUUAUACAGAACUCGUCAACCGCGUCAGAUGGAAUUAAAAGCACUGGAAGAAUUGAUUGAUAAUGACAACAUUGAAGAAAUUAUUUUAGAUCUCAAUGACGGCAGGAAAGGUUUUAAAACAUUACUGGGUAGCACAUUAUCGACCGAUAAAAUAGUUUUGAUUGUAAAAAUGUUAGCUAAAAUAUGUGAUUCUGCUUUUAAUACUUCGAAGACUUCAGUACUGCAAUUUGCAAUCGAAGGUGACUUUUCUAAACAAGUGACCUCUUUUGUAAAUAGCUUGGCUAUUCAGAAUUCAACAGAUAAAAUGUAUAAUAAAUAUUUUUGGAAGGAUACCGAUGAUUUUUGGAAUAAUAUAAUCAAAAUAUCGGAACAUUAUCAUGAUUUAUUGCCUUCAACUUCUUGUGAUUUUAUAGUAAAACUCCUAAAAUCUGUUAAAUUCAGUAUUAAACCUAUAGCAGAAAGUCAUGCAAUACAUAUUUCUGAUGAAAUCAAGAACAAGGUUGAUAGUAUACUUGAAGUGGUUGAAAAAAAGCAGAAAGAAUUGGAUGCAAUGAAAGGUAUAAAAAAGGAGCCAAAUUUCAACUUGAACCUUCAAGAACCACCGGACGACUUUCGAGAAAUAAAUGUUUAUCCGUCGACUGUAGAGAUUACCACCGAAAAGUCUCCAUUUCUGAGACCGAAUAUUGUGAAGGGCCCAUACCCAGACGUUAAUACUUACUUAGACAUACAAUAUCGCUUAUAUAGAGAAGAUUUUGUAAUGCCUCUAAGAAAAGGAAUAUGUGGGUACAUCAACAAUCCAAGAGAUAAACAGCAAGAUAUCAAAGUGUACGAAGGUGUCAAGUUUCUCAAUGCGGAAUCUAUAAACGAACAAAAUUGUCAAAAAAUCCAAUUCGAUUUCUCUAACAAGAAUAUAAAGUUUGAGUACGAGAAUUCUAAAAGAUUUAUGUUUGGUUCAUUGCUGUGUUUCACAGAUGAUAGGUUCAAUACACUACUUUUUGGAAAAGUUGUAGUCCGAGAUGAAAAAUUGCUAGGAAAUGGUCAGCUCAUCGUUGGAUUUAAUUCAGAUAUGGAGUUACCUGCAGGCCUUUAUGAAAAAUCUUUUUUAUUAGUAGAGAGCAAAGUUUAUUUUGAACCCUAUUAUCAAGUUCUUACUGUUUUAAAAAAUAUGCCAAUUGAACAUUUUCCAAUGGAAAGAUAUAUCAUACAAGUGCGUACAGAUGCAAGACCUCCACAGUAUCUGCUGAAUGUAGAUCCCGUUUUCUAUACAAUAGAACUUACCAAAUUUUCGCCUUUGGAUUGGGGUGAUCGAGAAUUUUAUGGAUUGAAUGAAGCCCAAAAUAAAGCUUUUCACUCUGCGCUAACCAGGGAAUUCGCAAUUAUACAAGGGCCUCCAGGAACCGGCAAGACCUUUCUAGGUUUAAAAAUUGUUAGCACAAUGUUACAAAAUAACGAAGCAUGGUAUAAAGACUCUCCCAUAUUGGUAAUUUGUUUUACUAAUCAUGCGUUGGAUCAAUUCUUGGAAGGAUUGCUGUCAACAACAGAUAAGAUCAUUCGUGUAGGUGGACAGUCCAAAAAUGAAAAAUUAAAUGAAUACAAUCUUCGAAAUAGAAAAAGAGUUCUAGAUUACUCAAAUCGAGCUGUCUCUGAAAAACAUUUCAUAGUAAGGAACAUUAUGCGAGAUAUCGAAUCAAUAAAUGAAUAUCUAAAUACGAUCGCAAACUAUGACACUGUCAUCGAUUUUGGUGCCUUUUCAGGUGUGGUACCAGAAUAUGCGACAUCUUGGUUUGCAAAAGCCGAAAAAGAACAUAUUAUUAACUGGUUAUUUGGAGGUCAUAAUAGAAAAUUUAGAAAAAGACCAGUAAAUAAUGUUAAAAAUAAUCAGAAUAUUAUAAAUAGCGUUGAAGAUAAUCCCCUACAAAACGAACAAAUUGAAAAUAAUGACAGAAAACCCGAUGAACUUGUAGACGACAUUUUUCAAAACUUAGAAGUAGAACCUCUAAAAACGCUCAUCAGCUUAGACAAUCUGUACGAACAAAUUACGCGGACCAAUAAAGAAAUCGAGAAUUUAAUGGAUACAAAUCUGAGUGGUUAUAUGACUAAAUAUGUAAAAGAAAUGUUAAGAGCCGAACUUGAAAUGAAACUAUAUACAAUAGAAAACCAAUUGGAGUAUUUGAAGUUUCGAUUACAAGAAGCUCAGGUACAAAAUUUAGGUCCAGCAGAUUAUAUUAAUUUGGAAAAUCCGCAUUUUAUGUCUGCUGAUGAUAGAUGGAAAUUGUAUUUCCAAUGGAUUUCCAUUUAUAAAAGACAUUUGCUUAACCAAAUAGCUUUACUGAAUACUAAGUUCAGAGACGAGUACGCUCUGUAUGCAGAAAUGCGUGACAUAGAAGAUACCAACGUUAUGAAAGAAGCUUUAGUUGUCGGAAUGACAACAUCGGGAGCAGCUCGUCUUAAUGCUUCAUUAAAAGCUCUAAGAAGUCCAAUAGUCAUAGUAGAAGAAGCUGCCGAAGUAUUAGAAUCCCAUAUAAUAACUGCUGUUACAUCGCAUUGUCAACAUUUGAUUUUAAUAGGUGAUCAUCAGCAGUUAAAACCUAGUACAGCUAGCUAUCAUAUAGAAACAAGAUAUAAAUUAAAUAUAAGCCUUUUCCAAAGAAUGGUUGACAAUAACGUGGAAUGUCAUACAUUGAAUAUACAGCAUAGAAUGAGACCCGAAAUUGCCAACUUAAUUAGACCUACCAUUUACCCAGUUCUACAUGAUCACGAAUCGGUACUUGAUCGACCAAGUAUUUUAGGAAUCGAACAUUCCCUAUUUUUUAUUGAUCACGAGCACUCAGAAGAUUUAUGUUAUGAUAACAGUAAGAAAAAUGUACACGAAUCUACAUUUUUAAUGCAGUUGGCAAAACACUUAGUCUUAAAUGGUUAUAAGGCGGAGAAUAUUAUUAUAUUAGCUGCUUAUUUGGGACAAAUGUUUGAAAUGCAACGUGAACGCAGAAUUCAUAGGAAUUUAUUAGAGAAUGUUAGGAUUGCUGUUUUGGAUAAUUAUCAAGGAGAAGAAAGCGAUAUUGUGCUACUAUCAUUGGUAAGAAGUAAUAAAGAAAACAAAAUUGGAUUUUUAAAGAUAGAAAACAGAGUCUGCGUGGCUUUAUCUAGAGCAAGAAAUGGAUUUUACAUAAUGGGAAAUAUGAAACAGUUGCGUGAAAAUAGCGAGUGUCAAUUUUAUGAAACAGGCCCCUGGCCUCAGGUAGAAGCCACUCUUAAAAAACAAGAUGCAAUUGGUCCUUAUUUAUCCCUACGGUGUCAAAUUCACCGGGGUCAAAUUACUCAUGUCAAAUCUGAGGAAGAUUUUUUGAAAUUACCAGAAGGCGGUUGUACAUUGAAAUGCGAAGCUAAAUUAAAAUGUAACCACUUUUGUACAAGAAUAUGUCACGUUUUAGAUAGAGAUCAUGCGGACUAUAAUUGCAGACAACCAUGUACAAGUGUUCUUUGUGAUGAUGUGGCACACAUAUGCCAAAAAUAUUGUUAUCAAAUAUGUGGUCCUUGCAACUACCUUGUUCGGCGAGAGCUUAAAUGUGGCCACGAAGCCACCAUGGAGUGCCACUUGGAUCCUGAUAAAUAUAAGUGUAAUUCUUUGGUUAAUGCCGAGCUUCCAUGUGGCCAUAAAGCAGCAAAGCCUUGUCAUAUGAAGCCAGAUGAAUUUCCAUGUCAGAUUCCAUGUGAUGUUAGAGUUGAGCCGUGUGGACAUGCGUGUACUAGAAAUUGUCAUAUUAAGGAUGAUCCUGAUCAUAUACAGUAUAAAUGUAUAAAACCGUGUGAACGAGAACUUCAAGGAUGCACAAGUACGGAAGAACCUCAUAAAUGUGACAAAGCUUGCUUUGAAGAAUGCUUACUGUGUGAGAUGGAAGUUCUAAAAAGUCGUACCAAAUGUUCCCAUAUGUUCAAGGUAGCAUGCUGUUUGGAUCCUGACACUAUAACUUGCAAAAAACCUUGUAAGAAGCAACUACCAUGCGGUCAUAUUUGUAUGAAAAAAUGUGAGGAACCUUGUGGAGAUUGUAAAGAGUUGGUAGAAAAAACCGUACCAGACUGCAAUCACGUUAUAGAAAUUCAAUGUAAAAAUGAAGCUGACAGAAAAUAUUGUAGAGAUGGUGUAUGUCCCCGUAUUUUACCAUGCGGUCAUCAAUGCAAGAAAAAAUGUAAUGAACCCUGUAGAACAAGGUGUAAAGAAUUGGUUGAUUGCAACAUAACAAGCCCUUGUGGACAUAUGAUCAAGAAAAUUGAAUGUUAUCGAAAAGAAACUGAUGAUCCGAAGAUAUUGCUAGCUAAAUGUUCAGAGCCCUGUAACAUUGAACUUCAGUGUAAACACACUUGUAGUGGUACAUGUGGGGAGUGUUUUCAAGGACGUUUCCAUAAAAAAUGUGCUGAAAAAUGUGGAGUCCCGUUGGUUUGUAACCACGAAUGCACUAUACCUUGCAGAGAAGCCUGUCAACCGUGCAAACAACCAUGUAGUUACCUGUGUAAACAUAGUAAAUGUAAGAAACUAUGCGGAGAACCAUGUACAAAGUGCAAAGAAGCUUGUGUAAGAAAAUGCGCACAUCAAAAAUGUAAGCGACGUUGUGGAUAUAUAUGUAGCGUGCCACCAUGUUAUGAACCAUGUCCAAAGAAAAUCCGAGGAUGUGGUCACCCAUGCAUAGGCUUUUGUGGAGAUCCUUGUCCUUCUUUAUGUAGAACUUGUAAUGCUGACGAAUUGGCCGAAUUUUUCUUCGGAACCGAAGAUGAAGAAGAUGCUCGAUUUGUCUUGUUAGUUGAUUGCGGGCAUAUUUUAGAGUCAUCUGGUAUGGAACAGUGGCUGGAAAGUGAUGAUGACCAAAUUAAACCAAAAGUAUGCCCCAAAUGUAAAACAGUUAUAAAAUUAACGCAGCGGUAUAGUGAGUAUGUAAAAGGAAACCUAUUGGAUUUACAGAAUGUUAAAACGAAGCUUUAUGGGAAUGACAGGGAAAAUUUAGAAUUAAAAUUAAUUUUGCAACGUGAAUUAUACCUACUCAUUCUUGAGUUCAGCACUUUUGGUGCAGAAAUCUUGUCAGAGAAUUCACGUAGAUUGCAUUCUCGUUUAGAAAAUACAAAUCAUGGCAUGCGUCAGUACAUAAACAAAUUCGGACUUGCUGCCAUUAGAGCGAAAGUAGAUAUAUUUAAACUGUUAUUAGAGCCACUAAAGAAUGGCAAAAUACGAUUAAAGGAUACACCAAUGUCGAUGAUUCAAGUAAAAUUUAUAUCAGACUGCCUGAUGGAACAUGUUGACUCGAUAAGUAAACAACAAUAUGACGACAUAAUACUAGAGAUUGAUCGAUUCUACAAAUACGUGCAAUUCGAGAGCAUAAUGUAUAAACCCCAUUUACAUAAAUCAGAAAUCAAAUGCAUGGUCGAAACAGUAACACAACUUUUGGAUAGUCCCCAGCGAUUUACUAAGUCUAUAAACGAUAAUGUUAAAACACAUUUAGAAGCUUUAAAAAAAGAAACUGCUUCAAACAUUGCUUUAACUGACGCCGAUAGAAAAGAAAUUGUAAAAGCGAUGGGUUUUAAACAAGGUCACUGGUAUAAAUGUCCCAAUGGACAUCCAUAUUGUAUUGCAGAUUGUGGUGGAGCAAUGGUUACGUCAAU